AUGAGGCGGUAGUUUCUAUUUUGUUGACUCGUGUUUUUCGACCCAAUUUUUGACACCGCACACUGUAAUUUUUGUUGGCAACGUCCCGAAAUCCGUAAUGAAUAACGAUGUUUGCACUUUUGUCGAUUCCGUAAAAGCGGAAUUGUGAAUUUUGUUCUGAGGUCGUGUUCGAACUUUCAAGUCCGACUUUGGACUUUUAAACAACUAACAAUAUCAAUAUUUUUUAUCUCAACGUUAAAAAACCGAUCCGUCAAGUCAACCAAUAAUAUCGUAGCCAGUUUUUUCCCAUUAUUGUUAUCGUAUCAAGUAAAUUAUCGAGCCACCACCACCGUUGUUGCAAUAUUGAACUUGUCGCGAGUGAACUUGUGUCGUGUGCGGGACCUGUCAAAAAUGUUGGCCAACGCAAAUCGAUUUUCGUCGACCCUAAAAGGAUUCCAAAGCCUGUGUUGUCGAGGUUUUGGAUCCGUUGCUGUACCUAAAAUUAAGGAUUUCACCAUCAAAAACGAACCUCUAUUAGAAUACAUGCAGGGCAGUAAAGAACGUCAAGAGAUAGAAGCUGAAUUAAAAAGACUGUCGAGUAAUGUGGAAGAUGUGCCGAUUAUUAUUGGAAAUGAAAAAAUCCGAACCAAAGAUGUUAGGUACCAAGUUAUGCCCCAUAAUCACGGAAAGAAAAUCGCUAAAUUCUACUAUGCGUCGUCCGAUUUGGUGGCAAAAGCAAUUAAAGUAGCAACAGAAGCUCAACUAAAGUGGGAUGCAGUCCCGAUCGAAGAGAAAAUUGACAUCUGGCUAAAGGCUGCAGAUCUUAUGGCUACUAAAUAUCGAAUGAAGUUGAAUGCAGCGACCAUGUUGGGACAGUCAAAAACAGUCGUACAAGCAGAAAUCGAUUCGGCUGCAGAGUUGAUUGAUUUUGUCAGGUUAAACGCAUUUUUUGCUAAGGAAUUGACAAAAUAUCAACCAAUUAGUGAAAAUAAAAACGUCACAUUAAAUAGCUUACGUUAUCGUGGUCUCGAUGGAUUUGUCGCUGCUGUAUCGCCGUUCAACUUCACAGCGAUUGGAGGAAAUUUGGCCUAUACUCCCGCGUUAAUGGGAUGUUCAGUCUUGUGGAAACCAUCAGAUACGGCUUUGUUGUCUAACUGGGUUAUUUAUGAAAUCAUGACCGAAGCCGGAGUUCCAGCUGGAGUGGUCAACUUUGUUCCUGCUGACGGUCCUGUAUUUGGUGACACAAUUACAGCAUCUCCUUAUUUGUCGGGCAUCAACUUCACUGGAUCUGUACCAACCUUCAAUCGGCUAUGGACACAAGUGGGACAGAAUAUAAAUAGUUACAAGAAUUUCCCGAGAUUGAUCGGAGAAUGUGGCGGUAAAAACUAUCAUUUUGUCCACCCAUCGGCUGAUGUAACGUCCGUUGUUAAUGGUACUAUUCGGUCAUCGUUUGAGUACUGCGGUCAGAAGUGUUCGGCUUGUUCUAGAAUAUACGUUCCACAAUCUUUAUGGCCUAAAAUCAAAGAAGGAUUACUUGAAACUCGUAAAAAACUUAAAAUCGGCGAUGUUAGCGAAUUUGACUCAUUCGCUUCGGCAGUCAUUGACGAUAAGGCUUUUAACCGUAUCAGCGGAUAUAUUGAACAUGCCAAGAAAUCUCCCAAUUUAGAAAUUAUUGGCGGCGGACAAUAUGAUAACAAAAUAGGAUACUUUAUACAGCCGACAAUAGUGGAAACCAAAGAUCCUUUGGAUAAGAUUAUGACUGAAGAAAUAUUUGGGCCAGUUCUGACUGCUUACGUGUACAAAGAUUCGGAAGUCGAUAAGACAGUCGACCUAGUAAUGAGUUCAACACCUUAUGCUCUGACCGGAGCAGUGUUUUCUCAAGAUAAAGAUUUCUUGAAAAAAAGUCUCGAAACACUCAAGUAUUCAGCUGGUAACUUCUACCUUAACGAUAAAUCUACGGGCUCUGUUGUGGGACAACAACCAUUUGGUGGAAGUAGAAUGUCAGGAACUAACGAUAAAGCCGGCGGACCACACUACAUUUUGAGGUGGACAUCUCCACAAUCAGUGAAGGAAACAUUUGUGCCUAUAACCGAAUGGAAGUAUCCUUACAUGAACUGAAGCAUGCUGCGUUAUAGAAACAAACGAAAAGAAGGAUAUAGUGUUUUGCCUGGUAUUGAACUAUGGCAAAACUGUGAUACUGUUUAAAAUCCCAUUUAAUACCAGACGUGUAUUUCGGAUUCCUAUAUAUAUAUAAAAUUUAUAUUAACCCACAAAUAGUACUUGUACGUUCUCAAUUGAGUGCGUUGAGUAAUCAAAUUCUUUUAAUAUUUACUUUUAUAAUUUUAUUUAUUUUUAAUUGUUGUUGUAAUUUUAUUUGACGUUUACAUUCUUUAUCUUUAAUUUCCAAAUAAUAGAAGCCUACAUACUUGUUAAGCAACCUCGUCAUUACCUUUUAGACAUAGUAUUUUUGACAAAAUUUGCAGUAUUUUGAAAUUGUUAAAUUUUUACAAGUUCAUCAUUGAGUACUAGGUGUAAAGAAAAAAUAUGUACCUAAUAAUAGUAUUUAAAUGCAUUAUUGUUAAUAUUAAAUUGUGUAUAAUUUA